AAAAUGCCUUGAUUUCCUCCUCUGCUCUUUGUGGUUCACUGCCUUCAUCUCGUCCUCGGAGGACCCGCGGCAGAAGUAGCGGAAGUAACCACUAGGGUUUUUUUCUUGCGCAAAAAUGGCGGAUUCCAAGGCAGUCACCAUUCGAACCAGGAAAUUCAUGACGAAUAGGCUUCUCGCAAGGAAACAGUUCGUCAUCGAUGUUCUUCAUCCUGGACGACCGAAUGUUUCCAAGGCGGAGCUCAAGGAGAAGCUCGGAAGGAUGUACGAGGUGAAAGAUCCGAACUCAAUCUUCGUGUUCAAGUUUAGGACCCAUUUUGGUGGUGGGAAGUCCACUGGUUUCGGUUUGAUCUACGAUUCUGUAGAUAGCGCCAAGAAGUACGAGCCCAAGUACAGGCUUAUCAGGAAUGGACUUGAUACCAAGGUGGAGAAGUCCAGAAAGCAAAUGAAGGAAAGGAAAAACAGGUCCAAGAAGAUCCGUGGAGUUAAGAAGACCAAGGCUGGAGAUGCUGCAAAAGCUGGGAAGAAGAAAUGAAAAGUAAAUUUUGACGAGUUUUGUACUCAUUUUUUUGGUAGUAGUCUUUACAUCUUAAAUAUUAUGUUGUUGCGUGUGGUCGAGGGAUUUGAGCUACAUUAUUAAGAAUCAAAUUCUUAUUUUAUGUUUUGGA